GUCUGGUUUUAAAGUGGGUGUUGCUGUCACACAUACACCUGCAUGCCAGAGCUGAUCCUUCUCGAGAAUAAGCUCCGUGAUUCUGGGAAGCAGAAACGGCCUUGGGAGAAUCUUUGUCCGCCUCUUGAUCAUCACACUCCAUCACCACACCACCAUGACUUCUGAAGAAAAUGGCAAAGACCUGAUCUUCGAAGGGUACUUGAAAAAGCAAAAAGACAAGAUGAAGUUUGCUUGGGCAAAGUAUUGGUUUAGGCUCCAAAACACCACUUUAUUCUUCUUCACCAAUAAACAAUGUGAGGCAUGCCAUCUCCGAGGGCAAUAUUACAUCUACAUGGUUCAGUCAGUGAGAAAAAAGGAAGACAGGAACCAUGAGUAUAUAUUUGAGAUGGUCAUGAAGAAUGGGAAGAGAAAGGUGCUGGCCGCGGAGAGCUCGGACCUGCGCGCCGUGUGGAUGGAGUUUCUGUGGAAGGCCAUGCAGCUUCCGGGGCCAGGGAAGAAGAACUCGGCCUGCACAUGGCACGACAUCCCCCACCUGAUUCAACGGGCCGCCUCACUUUGUCCGAAUACGACUGAGCGGGAAGAUUCCAUGGGAUCGCUGUGCUCCACGGACACACAGAGCGAGGACUACACCUCAGACGCCGUAUACUUCGCGUUCCCCGUGCAUUCCCGCCAGACUUCGUCGACAGCCUCGGACUUAGAUGAAUCAUCGAACGUGAGGCGCAGCAACAUCACCUCGUCCAGUGAAGAGGGGGAGUCUGUGGAUAAUGAGGCCACACCCGCGUCCCAAGGGAGCGCAGGGGACCAAAGGGAACAAGAGAUGGAGGCAGUAACUGUGCCGAGCCUGAAGCCAAAGGCGACUGACAGAGUGAACUGCCUUAGUGGAAUCUACAAUGUCCCGAAACCAGUGAGUGGGAAGUCAACAGUUCCCUCGGGUGUGCACGUGCCCUGUGAAGAGCCAUCCACCUCCAUACCCGAGGUGAGCCUUCUAGACGAGAUCAUCUCGGACUUCAGCCAUUCGACAUCCUGCUGGCUGGACUCAGAGUGAGUCAUCGAGUCAUUUUGUACAGAAACAUGAACUUCGGCCCAUCUAGUCCGUGCUGAACUGUUAUUCUGCCUAAUACCGUCGACCAUGAUUUUCGGUCGGGCACUGGACACUCAGAGACAUUUGGCGGGGGGCGGGCGCCCGGCACUCGGCCGGGGGACGUGGUCUUGUGGUCGGCGACUUGGGCCGGCUCCCCCACCGGACUUGGUCUGGUGAGGAGGGUGUGAGGACACCCAGCAGGACUGAAAAAACAAGACCUGACAAAGGGCGGAUGAGUUCCUUGUGAGCCAACGGCCAUCUUCCGCGGAAGAGAUUAAAGCCUCACCACGUAUCCACGAAUCGUGUGCUAUGCACCUAGUUAGAAGAGAUGUGAUGAACUUGGGCGUUGCACCGUGUGCCUGGACCUGCCCAAGGCCUCCGCCUAAGGAAGGGCCGAGCUUGAAGAAGUGGCUGCGGCUGGAGGCCGACACGGCCUCAGGCUCGAGUUCGGUGGGGGCGGCGACAGGCGGUGCCAAGGCGGCCAGCGAGAACAAACUGGAGGAGAGGCUGUACUCGGUGCUGUCGCAAGAUCGAAGAAGAUGGAGUUGCAUAGCUGCCAACCCCGGAUUCAGGACGGCACCCACUGACGAUCGACCCACACUGGGACCAUGGCCCUCCGUCCCCCUCCCAUCCUUGUACUUAUUCAAACUUCUGUUAAACGUUGAAUUCGAACCCACAUCCACCACUUACACUGGCAGCUCGUUCCACACUCUCACUACCCUCUGAGCAAGGAAAUUCCCCCUUAGAUAUCCCUCAGAUAUUUCACCCUUCACCCUUAACCUAUGACCUCAAGUUCUAGUCUUGCACAACCUCAGCAGAAAAAGCCUGCUUGCAAUUACGCAGUCUAUACCCCUCAUAAUCUUGUAUACUGUACCUCUAUCAAAUCUUCCCUCAGUUUCCUACACUCCAGGGAACCUUGUCUACCUCUUAUAUCCUCUUUGUGAAUCUUUCCUCAGUCUCCUACACUCCAGGGAAUCUUGUAUACCUCUAUCAAAUCUCCCCCUCAUUCUCUUACGCUCCAAGGAAUGAAGUCUGAACCUGUUCAACCUUUCCCUGUAACUCAGGUCCUCAAGUCCUGGCAACAUCCUUGUAAAUUUUCUCUGCACUUUUUCAGACAUUGAUAUCUUUUCUGUAGGUAGGUGACCAAAACUGCACACAAUAGUACAAAUAUAGUCUCACCAGUAUCUUAUAUAACUUUGUUAUAAAAUGCCAAACUCCUGUACCAAUGUGCAAAGAGUUUUCUUGAUGGCCCUAUCUCCUUGAGCUGUCCACCGUGAACACAACUUCCAUUUAUCUUACCCAGCUGGCCACCUCUUUCCAAUCUCCCCUCCGUCCAGGGAGAAUUAAUAUCUGAACCACUUCAUAACUGGAUUCACCUCACCAAACAACAUUCACAUUAUCAUCAUCAUCACCGUCAUCGUUAUGUACUGUGUUGUAUAACAUCAUCACUUCGUGCUGUGUUGUAUGACAUCAUCAUUACAUGCUGUGUUGUAUGUCAUCGUCAUUAUCUGCCAUGUUGUAUGACAUCAUCAUUGUGUGCUGUGUCGUAUGACAUGGAUGACCAUGAUUGUUCUAGGCUAAUUUUUCUACAGAAGUGGUUAGCCAUUGCCUUUUCAGGGCAAUAUCUUUACAAGACGGGUGACCCCAGCCAUUGUCAAUACUCUUCAGAGAUUCUCUGCCUGGUGUCAAUGCAGCUCACACAACUGUCCACCGCCUGCUCCCAUGGCUUCACAUGACCCUGAUCGGGAGGGGGGAAGGGGGGGGCAACACCUUGCCCAGGGGUGACCUGCAGGCUAGCGGAAGGAAGAAGUGCCUUACACCUCCUUUGUUAGAGACCACCCUACCACCCAAAAAACAGCAUUAACAUCUACAUUUACACACUCUCUUAAUUUUCCAAUACACAGGAUGUCUCUGUCUCUCAAGAACCCAAUCCUUGAAAUAAAUGUGUUAUCACACAGCUCACACUCAAACACAUCCGAAAUGCUGGAGCAGGCCAGGCAGCAUCCAUGGAGAGGAAGAAACAGUCAACGUUUUGUGCCGAGACCCUUCAUCAGGGUCAUGGCUCAUUCCGAAAGUAAGAAGGCAUAGGAUCCAAGGAGACCUUGCUUUGUGGAUCCAGAAUUGCCUUGCCCGCAGAAGGCAAAGGGUAGUUUUUGGAUGGUUUGUAUUCUGCAUGGAGGUCAGUGACCAGUGGUGUUCUGUGGGGAUCUGUUCUGGGUCCCUUACUCUGUGAUUUUUUAUAAAUGACCUGGAUGAGAAAGUAAAAGGGUGGGUUAGUAAAUUUGCUGAUGACAGGAAGGUUGGAGGUGUUGUGGACAGUCUGGAGGGUUGUCAGAGGUUACAGUGGGACAUUGAUAGGGUGCAAAACUGGACUGAGAAGUGGCAGGUGGAGUUUAACCCAGGUAAGUGUGAAGUGGUUCAUUUUGAUAGGUCAAAUUUGAUGGCAGAAUAUAGUAUUAAUGGUAAGACUCUUGGCAAUGUGGAGGAUCAGAAGGAUCUUGGGGUCUGUGUCCUUAGGACACUCAAAGCUGCUGUGCAGGUUGAUUCUGUGGUUAAGGAGGCAUACGGUGUAUUGGCCUUCAUCAAUUGUGGGACUGAGUUCAAGAGCCAAGAGAUAGUGUUACAGCUAUAUAAGACCUUGGUCAGACUCCACUUGGAGGACUGUGCUCAGUUCUGGUCGCCUUACAACAGGAAGGAUGUGGAAACUAUAGAGAGAGUGCAGAGGAGAUUUACAAGGAGGCUGCCUGGAUUGGGGAGCAUGCCUUAUGAGAAUAGGUUGAGUGAACUCGGCCUUUUCUCCUUGGGGCGGCGGAGGAUGAGUGGUGGGCUGAUAGAGGUGUAUAAGAUGAUGAGAGGCAUUGAUCAUGUGGAUAGUCAGAGGCUUUUUCCCAGGGUGGAAAUGGCUAACACGAAGGGGCAUAGUUUUAAGGUGCUUGGAAGAAGGUACAGGGGGAUGUCAGAGGUAAGUUUUACACACAGAGUGGUGGGUGCCUGGAAUCUACUGCCAGCGAAGGUGGUAGAGGUGGAUACAAUAGGGUCUUUUAAGAGACUCUUGGAUGGGUACAUGGAGCUUAGAAAAAUUGAGGGCAAUGCAGUAGGGAAAUUCUAGGCAGUUUCUAGGGUAGGUUACAUGGUCAGCACAACAUCGUGGGCCGAAGGGUCUGUAAUGUGCUGUAGAUUUCUAUGUUCUAUCAGGACCGGAGGGGAAGGGGACAGAAGCCAGAAUAGGAGGGUGGGGGAGGGGGAAAGAGUACAAGCAGGCAGGUGACAGGUGAGACCAGGUGACCAUUUGGUCACCACCUUGUUCUGGCUUCUGUCCCCUUCCUUUCCAGAUCUGAUGAAGGGUCUCUGCCCGAUACGUAGACCAUUCAUUCCCCUCCAUAGAUGCAGCCUGACUUGCUGAGUUUGUCGAGCAUUUUGCCUGCGUGGCGUUCAGUAGUCAUUUGUGUUCUGUCAACAUUCACAGCCCCUGACAGGGUAAUUCUCCACUCCUUUCCUGCCCUGUGGUUAGGCUGCUGUCCCUGAGCACUGUUCUGUUUAAGCCCAGCAUAAACCGUGCAGCAUUAAGCAACGUCUAACUGCGAUGUGUGGACAGCAUGAUAGUGUAGUGGUUAGCAGAAGGCUUUACAGUGCCAAUCGGUGUUCGGUUCCCCCCGCUGCCCGGAGCUGUGAGCAUGACACCAUUACUACGCCAGCAACCCGUGUUCAUUUCCCUCCGCUGUCUGUAAGCAGUUUGUACCUUCUCCCUGUGAUCGCGUGGGUUUCCACUGGGUCCUCCAGUUUCCUCCCACAUUCCAGUAGUUCAAUUUAACGUCAGGGAAUGUAUACAGUAUACAGGCUGAAAUUCUUACUCUUCACAGACAGCCACAAAACAAGAAACUCCAUAGAAACAUCAGAAUCCCGAAUCCCCCAUAAGCAACUCGCAAAGACGAACUAGGGUUAGUAAGUUGUAGACAUGCUCUGUGGGGCUGCCCCCAGCACAUCCUCGGACCGUGACGUUCGCUGACAAAGACGACGCAUUUCGCUUAAUGUUUUGAUGUACAUGUGUCAAAUAAAGUUAAUCUAAUCUAAGUGCCAUCCCUCCUCUAUCCAGAAGCACCUCGAUUCCAUCCUAACACAGCUGUGGGACAAUAGGCAGGAGGAACACCCUGGACAAGAGGUGAAGGCAGCCGUGUAAAGUAUUUUCCACGCUGAUCUAGUGACGUGGCGACCCUGCUGAUUCGUCACUAGGGAAGCUUGGUGAGACCGCCACACGGCAGAAACUUUCCCCUGCGUAGCCACACCACAACAGAGUCUCUGGAACACUGAAACUCAGCCCGUCGGGGCCGAGGUUGUUCCUCGCCAUCAAAAAGUAUUCAAGAAGGUGCUGAGCUGCAGUCUCCAUCGAGGUUGUGGCCCAAACUUAGCUAUUUUUUACGUUGGGGUGGUUUUGGGGACAGAGAGAGGAGUCAGGGGUCAGCUUAAUGUUUAGGGACAGGGAUGUGACGAGGUUGGGGGUCAGGAUGGAGUCUAGGCCUCUGCCCCGCAUUCAAUGGCCAGCAACGUGGACGUGCGACAAAGGACGUCUGUGCAUGGAUGUCGGGCGUGCUGGAGUGGCCCUCAGCGUUCACCACACAUAGCACGCCCACGACGCUCAGCAGAACAAAGCUAGCAACAACCACAGGGGGGAAAAAAGACAACAACAGCAAACCAAGACACACACACACACACACACACACACACACGCCUACCUCCAACCCAACCCCAGAGGCCACCUCUAAGCCCCCAGACCCUGUUCCCUGAUUCUCAGACCUCCAAUUUGGACUCCACCCCAGGACUCACUGAUGAUAGGUUUGACCUUUGCUCCUCAACUUCUCGACCCAACUGGGCCUCCGACCCUGGUGAUUCAAUAAUGUAGGAUAGAGUAAAUGGGACAGCAUGGACUUUGUGGGCUGAAUGGCCUAUAUUUUUCUUUGACUAUGAUAUAUUUAGGUAUACCAAAUGAGACAGUGUUCCCUCUGUGAGCACAAAGAUGACAUACAACCCAUCUGCCUGGAUUCCAAACUGCUUGCUUUAACCUUGUUGUCCACGUCGAGUCUACAGAUGGUGCAGGUAUUGGGCUCAGUGAUUCUAUGGUUUUGUCUGAACUGCCUGCUGUGGGAUGUGUUCUCAAUAAAUCUACUACAGAACAAAUAAGGAGCAGAAAGUGCAGGGGCCACCUGUGGAGACACGAUGUCAAUGUUUCAGCUUGGGGUUGCUCUGUGGAGACACAGAAACCAAGGGAAAACUGUAGAUUCAAGAUUAUUUAUUGUCACUCUUCAGUACACGAGUGUAAAGGAGAACAAAAUGAUUAUAUUCUGUAUAAAAAACACAAUAAGCAAAAAGAACACAAUAAAAAACAA